AUGUCUAACAAAUUAUAUUUCCAUAACCAGGCCAGUGGAUUAGAGAUGAAGAAGUGGAUGGAUGAACUCUUCCCAAUCAUUCUGGACAUGUUACAGGACUCCUUGCUGCCUAAGAGACAGGUUGCCUUAUGGACCCUGGGACAGUUGGUGGCCAAUACGGGAUAUGUGGUGAAACCGUACAUGAAAUAUCCCUCUCUGCUGGAAGUGCUGCUUAAUUUGCUGAAAACUGAGCAAAACCAAAGAAUCCGCCGAGAGGCGAUCCGUGUGCUGGGGCUGUUGGGGGCUUUGGACCCUUACAAACAUAAAGUAAAUAUUGGAAUGAUCGACCAGUCCAGAGAUGCUUUAGCACUGAGCUUAUCUGAAUCCAAGGCCAAUCGGGACUCUGCUGACUAUAGCACCAGUGAGAUGCUAGUGAACAUGGGGAACCUGCCCCUGGAGGAGUUCUAUCCAGCAGUGUCUGUGGUCACUCUGAUGCGCAUCCUGAAGGACCAGUCUCUGUCCAACCACCAUACUAUGGUAGUGCAAGCCAUCACCUUCAUCUUCGAGUCUCUAGGACUGAAGUGUGUGCAGUUCUUGCCCCAGGUGAUGCCCACCUUUCUGAGCAUUAUCCGCCUGUGUGACAACAAUGGCAGAGAGUCUCACCAGCCUUCUCCUCAAAAGAGGACAGAACUGAUGUCACCUCAGUUUAUGUUCCACCAGCUGAGGAUGUUGGUUUCCUUUGUGCGGAGCCACAUGCGCCCCUACUUGGAUGACAUCUUUGGCUUGAUAAGAGAUUACUGGACAAUGGAUAAUCCCAUUCAGAGCACCAUUAUUCUGCUCAUCGAGCAGAUUGUACUAGCACUAGAAGGAGACUUCAAGCUUUAUCUGCCUUCACUCAUCCCUCAUAUGCUGCAAGUUUUUAAGCACGACAGUAGCGAUGGACGCUCUGUGACCAUUAAGCUUCUUAAUGCGAUACAGAUUUUUGGGGCAAAUCUAGACGAUUACCUUCUUCUCCUGUUACCACCUAUUGUAAGGCUGUUUGAUGCCCCAGAUUGUCCUUUACGAGCUCGGCAGGUGGCCCUAGAAACAGUGGCUAGAUUGACAGAAUCGCUGGAUUUGACAGAUUAUGCCUCCCGGAUCAUUCACCCAAUAAUCCGUAUACUAGAUGGCAGCCCUGUGCUAAGACAGACUGCCAUGAACACACUCUCCUCAUUAGUCCUUCAGCUGCGUAAGAAGUACCAGAUAUUUAUACCAAUGGUGAACAAGGUACUGCUAAAGCACAGGAUCAUACACCAGAGAUACGAGGUUCUGACCUGCAGGAUUUUAAAGGGUUACACUCUUGCAGAUGAAGAUGAGGAUCCAUUGAUUUAUCAGCAUCGGACAGUGAAAGGAAACUUGGGAGAAACCUUUUCUAGUGUCCCAUUGGAUAGUGGACCUAUUAAGAAGCUGCAUGUCAGCACCACCAAUCUACAGAAGGCCUGGGGAGCAGCCCGUAGAGUGUCCAAAGACGACUGGUUGGAGUGGCUGAGGCGACUCAGCUUGGAGCUACUGAAAAACUCCUCUUCUCCAGCUCUUCGUUCCUGCUGGUCUUUGGCACAAGUGUAUAACCCUCUGGCCAGAGAUCUGUUUAAUGCAGCUUUCCUUUCCUGCUGGUCGGAGCUGAAUGAAGAUCAACAGGGUGAGCUGAUCCACAGUAUUGAAUUGGCGCUGACGUCGCAGGACAUUGUUGAGGUUACACAGACACUCCUGAAUCUGGCAGAGUUUAUGGAGCACAGUGACAAGGGCCCCUUGCCAUUACGAGACGACAAUGGAGUGGUCCUCCUUGGAGAAAGGGCAUCCAAAUGCCGAGCGUAUGCCAAAGUGUUACAUUACAAAGAGUUAGAAUUCCAGAAAGGACCCUCCCCCGCAAUACUGGAGUCCCUCAUCAGCAUUAACAAUCAGCUCCAGCAGCCGGAGGCAGCCUCUGGGGUCUUAGAGUUUGCCAUGAAGCAUUAUGGAGAAUUGGAGAUUCAGGCCACCUGGUACGAGAAGCUCCAUGAAUGGGAGGACGCGCUGUUUGCCUAUGACGAAAAGAUUGAAGUGAAGGAUGAUUCAGAGUUGGUUUUGGGACGGAUGCGCUGUCUGGAAGCUCUUGGGGAAUGGGAACAACUUCAUCAGGAGUGCUGUGAGAACUGGGAUAACGUCAGUGAGGAUGUCCACACUAAGAUGGCCAGAAUGGCCGCUUCAGCAACGUGGGCAUUAGAUCAGUGGGAUAGUAUGGAGAAGUACACCUGCCUGAUCCCCAGAGAUACCUACGACGGAGCCUUUUAUAGGGCUGUGCUAGCUCUCCACCAGGAUCUCUUCUCGCUUGCCCAGCACUGCAUUGAUAAAACCAGAGACAUGCUUGAUGUAGAGAUGACCGCAAUGGCUGGAGAGAGCUAUAGCUGUGCCUAUGGGGCCAUGGUCACCUGUCAGAUGCUGUCUCAGCUAGAAGAGGUCAUGCAGUAUAAACUUGUACCUGAGCGGCGGGAGACUAUUCGUCAGACCUGGUGGGAUCGGCUGCAGGGCUCUCAGCGCAUCGUUGAGGACUGGCAGAAGAUUUUGAUGGUUCAGUCUCUUGUGGUCAGUCCUCAUGAAGACAUGAGGACUUGGCUGAAGUAUGCAAGUCUCUGCAGCAAGAGCGGCCGCCUGGCCCUUUCUCACAAUACGUUAGUGAUGUUACUUGGAGUGGACCCAGCACUGGAAAGUGACCAGCCCUUACCUACAGAUCACCCACAAGUCACCUACACCUACAUGAAGUACAUGUGGAAGAGAACACGAAAGAUUGAAGCUUUCCAGGAUAUGCAGAAGUUCAUGAGCAACAUGCAACUUCAGGCCCAGCAUGUGGCUGAUGACCCGCUGCGCAAACAGGAGCUGCAGAAACUUCUGGCCAGGUGUUUCUUGAAGCUUGGGGAUUGGAAGUUGAACUUGGAAGGCAUUAAUGAGCGCACAAUACCCAAUGUGCUCGAGUAUUUCACUGCCGCCACUGAACAUGACCAAAACUGGUACAAGGCCUGGCAUGCCUGGGCUGUCAUAAAUUUUGAGGCUGUGCUACAUUUCAAGCACCAACACCAUCCACAGGAGGAAAAGGAGGUCCGUCACCCGAGCAAUGCUAGUGCCAACACCGAAGGAGAGAGCGGGGAGAACAGCCCUUUGCAAUCUCCAGUGCAAAAUAAGCCAUCAGAGGACAUCUCUCAAACGUUAUUACAAUACACCGUGCCGGCCUUGCAAGGCUUUUUCCGCUCCAUCUCUCUGUCUCGGGGAAACAACCUGCAGGAUACCUUGAGUGUCCUCACGCUCUGGUUUGAUUAUGGUCACUGGCCUGAUGUGAAUGAAGCUCUCGUCGAGGGAAUUAAAACCAUUCAGAUAGACACAUGGCUGCAGGUUAUUCCACAGCUCAUUGCAAGAAUAGAUACCCCCAGACCUUUGGUAGGACGUCUCAUCCACCAGCUGCUCACUGAUAUUGGACGAUAUCAUCCACAGGCUCUGAUUUACCCCCUGACUGUCGCCUCUAAAUCUACUACCACAGAACGUCAUGACGCCGCCAACAAGAUCCUGAAGAACAUGUGUGAACAUAGUAACACCCUAGUACAGCAAGCCGCGAUGGUGAGCGAGGAGCUGGUCAGAGUUGCAAUUGUCUGGCAUGAGAUGUGGCACGAGGGUCUGGAGCAGGCAUCACGUCUGUACUUUACAGAGAAGAAUGUGGAAGCCAUGUUUGCUGUGCUGGAUCCCCUUCAUGCUAUGAUGGAGAGAGGACCUCAGACUUUGAAGGAGACCUCUUUUAAUCAGACUUUUGGUAAUGCUUUAAUGGAGGCCCAGGAUCGGUGUCGAAAGUACAAGAAAUCUGGAAAUGAGAGGGAGCUGCUGCAGGCAUGGGAUCAGUAUUACGAUGUCUUCAGACGUAUCUCCCUGCAGCUGCCUAAGCUCACCUCCUUGGAGCUCCAGUGUGUGUCCCCUAAACUGUUGAUGUGUCGAGACUUGGAAUUGGCAGUGCCAGGAACAUAUCAUCCCAAUCAACCAAUAAUACGCAUCCAGUCCUUCGCUCCCUUACUUCAGGUCAUCACCUCCAAGCAUCGGCCGCGAAAACUAACACUAACGGGGAGCAAUGGGCAUGAGUUUCUGUUUCUGCUGAAAGGACACGAAGAUCUUCGUCAGGAUGAGAGGGUGAUGCAGCUCUUUGGACUGGUCAACACACUUCUAGCCAAUGACCCAGCGUCUCUGCGGAAAAACCUCAGUAUCCAGAGAUAUGCAGUUAUCCCUCUGUCCACUAACUCGGGGCUGAUCGGCUGGGUUCCUCACUGUGACACACUACACACCCUAAUACGAGACUAUCGUGAGAAGAAGAAGAUCCUCCUGAAUAUCGAACAUCGCAUCAUGCUGAGGAUGGCUCCAGAUUACGAUCAUCUCACCCUUUUGCAGAAGGUGGAAGUGUUUGAGCACACUAUGAAUAACACCACUGGGGACGACCUGGCCAAGUUGCUGUGGCUGAAAAGUCCAAGCUCAGAGGUCUGGUUUGAAAGAAGAACCAAUUACACACGCUCUCUGGCAGUGAUGUCCAUGGUCGGGUACAUCCUAGGGCUGGGUGACAGACACCCCUCAAACUUUAUGCUGGAUCGACUCAGUGGGAAAAUUAUUCAUAUUGACUUUGGAGACUGUUUUGAGGUGGCCCAAACCAGGGAAACGUUUCCAGAGAAGAUCCCAUUCCGGCUAACGAGAAUGUUGACCAACGCUAUGGAGGUAACCGGCCUUGAUGGGAAUUACCGCAUUACGUGUCGCACAGUAAUGGAGGUAUUACAAGAACACAAGGACAGUGUCAUGGCCGUGCUGGAAGCUUUUGUAUAUGACCCUCUUCUCAAUUGGAAACUUAUGGACAAAAUGCUGGAGACUGAUGAGCUUGGUGAAACUGCUCAUAAGAAGCCCGAAGGUGCAGUUCCAGAGUCCAUACACACAUACAUUGGUGAUGGUUUAGUACAGCCUGGAGCACUGAAUAAGAAAGCCAUUCAGAUUAUCAACAGGGUUCGAGAUAAGCUAACAGGACGAGACUUUUCUCAUGAAGAGACUCUGGAUGUGGCUACACAGGUAGAACUAUUAAUUAAACAAGCUACCUCCCAUGAGAACCUUUGUCAGUGUUAUAUUGGAUGGUGUCCAUUUUGGUAGGAAGGUCGGUGAAGCUGGACUCACAACAGACAUCAUGGGUCACCUGCCAAUACACUAUAGGCAGUGUGGUAUAAAGCUUGCCCCCAGCCUUACGGAGUAAAUUCAGGCUGGGGUGGAUUUGUGUAUAUAGUUGUGGCUCCGUGCCGCACCAAUGAUGCUUAGCGCCUGUCACUGACCAGACGUAGGACCCAGAUUUUUGUACUCAGCCCGUUACCCAGCUUCAAUUCAAGAGCGAUCCUAGCGAGGAAUUAUUGAUGUGGGGUAGCUGGAUGUGAUGUAGCUAUGAAGAAUUAUGUUAUU